AUGGCCAACUCUCUUUCAGCGUACCGUUAUUCUUCUUUUGGUCUCUUCAUUCUCUGCAACGCUGUCGUAUGCUGUGUAUCUGUGUGGAAUUUGGCCCUUGCUCAACAAAUAGGCUGGAAUCCACUCAUUGACGCAUACAUGAUAACUAUUGGCGCGCUCGGGAUCCUCUUCAUCUUCCCUGUCUUGUGCAUCGACCUACUACGCAAAAACUCCCUUGUUGGCCGCGUGUGGUUCGAGUGCAUAUGGGUUGGUGUGUUCUGGGUCCUUCAAUUAGCUGGAGCGGCAGCCAUUACUGCUAUCUUGCCCAAUCUUCUAUGCAGCGUUGCAGCUGAUAUUCUUCAACCUUCCUCAUGCAUAUCAACCAAGGUGCUCCUAGCAUUCGCAUGGCUCGGCGCCGUCAAUCUGCUCGUCUACUUCUGUGUCCUGAUGGCCACCGUCAUCUACCACAUGAAGGACGAUUCGCAAGUCUGGUCCGGAAACACGCGCAUGUAUCCUUGGUACAGAGUGCGCGAAGCUCUCCCCAGCGGCCGGCCAGAGCCCCUCCGGACCUGGUCGAAACCGCCCGUCCCCGCCGCCACGCCCCAGAUCCGCCUCCCCUCCGACCUCUCCCGCCGCUCAAGUACCCGGAGCUCGAUGUUCGACAGCGAGAAGCUCUCGGCCGUCCCGAGCAGGACGCCGAUGACGUCGAAUAAGUCCGCGCGCAUCCUCCAGAGCGCAUGGAUCUCAGCGACGGUGACCCCCGCGUCGCCGCCCUCCGACGGCUCGUCCGAGUACGGCACGUCCUCGUCGGACCUCACGUCGACCCCCACAGGCAUCCCGCCCUCCGCGAUGUACAUUCCGUACUCAUCCACCAUCAAGCCGUCGCCACUCGGCACCGGGCCCCCGCCACGCUCGAGCUCGCUCUCCGCCACGUUCGGCGGUGCACCACUGAGCGCCGCGCCAUCACGUAAGGGCGGCGCGAUACCGCCGUCACCACUGGUACCGUCCGUGGGCCGGAAAAACAGUUCUUCGGGCCCGCGCCCGAAGUCGAAGCGCAAGUCGACGCGGCCGCCCCCGCUUGAUAUGACACGGUUGCACAGUGCGUACGGCCGAUGA